AUGGCACUUCCCCUACAUGACACGGAUCUAGGUCAAUACUUUUCAAGCCAAGAUGCAAGAAUAGUCAAUGGUAUAGAUGCCCCUGACGGCAGUGUGCCCUACAUGGCAGCGCUCGUCCAUGGCCUAUUGAUCGGUAGCUUCCAAUGUGGUGGUUCUGUAAUCACCACGAGGCAUAUUCUAUCAGCUGCACACUGUUUUGAACGGCUUUACCAAGAUGGACAAUUGACUCCAACGCUACGUGUAAUCGUAGGCACAAACUACUGGAACGUCGGCGGGCAAGCUUACAGCAUCCAAAGGAACAUCACCCACCCGAAACAUAUCUACAUCAGGGAUCCUCUCAACGUCACGUAUGAUAUUGGUCUUCUCGUCACGCACUCGGAGAUAGUUCUGUCAGAACGAGUCCAGCUGGUGCCGUUAAGUUUGGAGCAUAUUGGUGCUGGUGUCACUGCGAAAGUGGCUGGAUGGGGAAGAAUCUACCAUCAAGGCCCUCUGUCUCCUAACCUGCAAGAACUAACCGUCACUACUCUGGAAGAUGAGCGCUGUGACAGAGAACUGAGGCAAGCGUCAAUUGAUUCUGACAUGGCUCUCCCGGACUAUAAGCCUGAGACAGAAUUCUGCACUAUUCACUCAUUUGGAUAUGGAGUAUGCAAUGGUGACUCCGGCAGUGCCCUGGUAACAGAUUCAGGUCACCAAAUUGGCAUCGUCUCCUGGGGCUUACCCUGCGCACGCGGCGCUCCGGACGUCUUCGUCAGGAUUAGCGGCUUCAAGGACUGGCUUCGGGAGAAUUUAGUUCUUUAA